UGGAAUUGUAAAUGGCACCUGGGUUUUGUUCUGGCUGUCUAUUUUGAUUUUUAUAAUGUUCAAGAUUAAGUUUUUAUAAUUAAUUUGUUGGAAUGUUUAUUAGGCUUUCAUUAUUUCUUUGCAAUAACUGCCUUUUCUCUGCUCUGGUUGAGGCUUUAUAUCUAAAGAAAGAUCCGGAAAUUGAAUACUCUGUGUGCUGAUCUGGUCCCUCGUAAUGUGUAUUGAUCAGGUGCAAGCUUGGAUUUGAGGAACAUAUAUAUCUUCAUGGGGGAAGCUCCAGCUUUCUUUCUAGAUGAUCUGGAUAGGGAAUUUUCAAAUGGGUUCGCAUUAAAAGGCUCACAGACAACUACUGUAAUCGGUGAUAAAACGUAUGUGAUUGGUGGGACUGAUGACGAAUCGGCAUCAACAAUUGGAGUUCAGAUUUUCAACAGAUCUACGAGCGAAGUGACCAUUCCCACGGUGUUGGGAACAAAACCAAAGCAAUGUAAGGAUCAUGCAGCCCUGCUUUUAAAUGAAGACCGAAUAUUGAUUGUUAAGGGGGAUUCUACUCCUGAAGAUUGUGCUUGGCUUCUUGAGGUGGACACCAAAUUUGUUAAACAGCAGCAAAAUAAUUUUGAAACUGAGGUGGUGGCUUGGAGUAAGGGAGUAAGAGGUGACGCUGAGAAGCCCAUUGUUAUCAGCGGUCCUUCUGGGGUUGGGAAGGGAACAUUAAUAGCGAAACUCAUGAAGGAGUUUCCAUUCAUGUUUGGAUUCUCUGUGAGCCACACAACCCGUUCUCCAAGGGAAAAGGAAAAGGAUGGGGUUCAUUACCAUUUCACUGAUCGAAGUGUUAUGGAGAACGAGAUCAAAGAUGGCAAGUUCCUUGAGUUUGCUUCUGUUCAUGGAAACCUCUAUGGAACCAGUGUUGAAGCUGUUGAGGUCGUUGCAGAUGCAGGAAAGAGAUGCAUCCUUGACAUUGAUGUCCAAGGGGCAAGGUCUGUGAGCGAAAGUUCUCUUGAAGCCAUUUUUAUCUUUAUCUGCCCACCAUCAUUUGAGGUGCUUGAGAAGCGCCUUCGUGACAGGGGGACCGAGACAGAAGAGCAGAUCCAAAAGAGACUCCGAAAUGCUAGGGCAGAGCUUCAGCAAGGACAAUCAUCAGGCCUCUUUGAACAUAUCUUGGUAAACGAUGAUCUUGAGACUUGCUAUGAGAGUCUUAAGAAAGUCCUAGGUCUUGAUGGAAUCGCUGGUACUACCCCUAAACCAAUGCCAAAAUUUGUCGAUCUGCCUGUGGACCGGUCUGUGUCAAAGAUCGAUAAAAAAAUCUGUAUAAAUUGUCGAUCUGCAGAACUGGAAAACGCUUCAGAACAGUUAUUUGUACUUGAUCUAUCUUCACUUAAAGGAGGCGCACCGGGACGGACAAGAGGACUAAACAUGUAUGCCAUAGACCCAUUUGCAAAUGGCAUAAAAUAUGAGAUCUAGCAGCUGAGUUGCUGAUGGCCCCUACAGUCUAUAACCUCCUCAACUUAAUUAACUCACUUUUAUUCUUUCUCUUUUUUUGUCUGUUGAAAUUCUACAUUUUUGUGACUUACAAAUAGAGGAUUGAACCACAUAUGUGAUCCUUCAAAAUCAUUGCUGUUCUACAUUUUUCUGCAUUCUUUGUUUUCAAGGAUAGGGAUGAUUUGGAGAAGUAGCAUUCAAAUAAAAUUAAUUACAUGAGAAAUGAGAUCAUUUAUAAUUCAUAGCAAUUUCCAUUUCAACUUUCUUUUUCUUCUUUUGAGAUUUCCCAGUUCAUCCAUUAGGGAUAUCUUUUAUCAGAGAAGGAUAUGAACUUCAUUUGAUGGCUAAAUGUGAGCGUUGGAAUGUUAGGUUCUAUAGUUGGAUUGUAUGCUAUGAACAUAUCUAUAUGUCAAGGAAAACUGUAUUGGUGAGUAUUCAUGCUAAAAGUAAUUUACUUUUAUUUA